AAAUAAUUUCUAGGGGAUGCACCCUGACUAUGGCUCUACAAGGUCUCAUGAGACUGUUGGGGAGAGCUCAGAGUGCACCAUAGAUAGUAACAGCACAACAAGAAGAUUUUCAAAGAUUAGAAAGAAAUAUGUCCUGGCUGUUUCGGCACUGGUUGGUUGUGUACUGAUGCUGACUGCAGGGGGAUUUCUAGGAUUCGCUGAUGCAGGUCUAGACGGAACAGUUAACAAAGGCCCAGAAUGCAAAGACUGCAUGGCAGUGGCUUCAGAUAACGAUGUCUGUACGAAGAUUGGAGCUGAAACUCUAAGACAAGGAGGAAGUGGGGUUGAUGCUACUAUUGCUAUAUUAUUAUGUUUGGGUGCUGUCCAGCCCCAAUCAAAUGGAAUAGGCGGUGGUGGUUUCAUGCUGGUUCAUACUAAGACUGAAGAUAAAGUUAUAAACUUCCGAGAGAAAGCUCCAGCAGCAGCAAGUCCUGAUAUGUACGUGGAUCGUCCUGAUCUCGCUCAAAGGGGAGGUUUAGCCAGUGGUGUACCAGGUGAGGUACGGGGUUACUGGACCGCUCAUCAGAUGUACGGUAAACUGCCCUGGAAAGACUUGUUUACUCCUUCCAUACAGAUUCUCAGAUCAGGAAUAGAAGUAUCCCAUCACUUGGGAAACACGUUGAAAGGCACGAGAGACCAGUUACCUGGUGGUCUACCUGGCUGCUUUCAAACUGAUUAUUUCAAGUCCAUGUUCUUCAAUGGAGCAAAUUUAGAGUCAUACAAAAAGGUUGGUGAAACUUACACUAAUCCGAAGCUAGCAGACGCGUAUGAGAAGAUAGCUAGAGAAGGACCUGAUGGCUUCUACAAAGGGGAAAUAGCAGAGAACAUCGUGAAAGCUAUUAAAGGUCGCGGCGGAAUAAUGUCGGUAGAAGAUCUAGAAGGUUACAAUGUUACUAUCGAUGAGCCGUUUAAGUUUAAGUACCGAGGUCAGACUAUCAUAUCCGCACCUCCACCUGCUUCUGGCCACGUAACUGCUAUUGCGUUAAAAGUCCUGGAGAACUUCGACCUUGCAUCCUUUGGUUAUGGUACUUUGAAAGCAUGGAAUCAUAUACUAGAAGCAAUGAGAUCUGGGUACGCUAUGAGAGGCUUAAUGGGUGAUCCACUCUUUUCGCAAAAGACUAAAGAAGUCGUAGCUAUGGUUAAAUCUGGUGCGUACGAAAAAGAGCUGAUAAAGCACUUCAAGGACACAAUUGCAGAUGGACUAAUAAAGCCCCACACAGACUACAACGACUACCUAACACAUAUCUACCACUUCCGUGACAAUACCCACACUACUCACGUGUCUGUACUCGGUCCUGGGGGGGAGGCGGUGUCUUGCACCUCAACUGUUAAUCUUCUGUUUGGAUCAUGUGUUAUGACUGAGGACGGUAUUGUUUUGAACGAUGAGAUGGACGAUUUCUCAACCCCAGGCUUUAAAAACAACUUUGGGUUUGACCCCUCUCCGGAGAACUAUAUUGAGCCCGGUAAAAGACCCAUGUCCUCUUCCUGUCCUACUAUUACAUUCGGCAGUAACGGGGAAGCUAACUUUGUGACGGGGGCUGCUGGUGGUUCAAGGAUAAUUUCAGGUGCAUUGCUGUCAAUAAUAAAUGCUCUGGACUGGAAUAUGCCGCUGGCAACGAGUCUCCGGGAACCGAGAAUUCACGAUCAGCUGAACGGGUUCACUUACUACGAGGUUUUAACAGGAAUACGGCCAGUAGACCAGGCGCUAGUGUCAGGGUUGAAGAGUUUGGGUUACAACAUGACCUCGAGUGCAGGGAAAAUAAAGUUGGGAGAUGUUACUAGCGUAUCCAGAUUGAACGGGGAUACAUCUGCAGCUGGUGAUCCUAGGAAAAACGGAACAGGAAUUGUUCUCCCAUCACCACUUGAAAUGAAAUAAUGUGCUUGUAUACCGCCCAUAUGGUUAGCAACUGACACAGGUGUCAGGUACUAUACACCAUGUCAGAGCGGUUCUAAAGGGUGAGACAAACAACUAAAUCAUCUCAAAAACAAAUCUAUUCAGAAACUUUAAAGUGUCAACUUAAAGUUGACACUCUGAUCAAUCAACCCUAAGCCCGACUGUCAACUAAAGAUGGAAACUUAGAAAGUCAACUCAUUGAACAGUCGAAAUAUUUGUAUAAUAUCAGUGCAAGACACUUUUACAGUUAAAUCCAGACAAAAGUUUGUUUAUUUUUUGUUUAUAAUUUUUUAGAUCUAUAUUUUUUAAAGGUUUGUUUGUAUUUCUAAUUUUUUAGGUUGAUAUUUUUAAGGUCCAAUUUUUAAGAUCCGAUUUUUAAGAUUAAUUUUGCUACGGUAUAAUUUUCAGAAUAUCAGAAUCAACAUUUACAUUUUUUUAAUAAAGUUAAUAAAUCUAUAGCAGCGUUUAAAUGGAGGUUUUGUUUUAGGGAACGUUCAAAUUAUAUAACACUAUAACAUAAGUCAGAUUCACAUCCCUGUCCACUCCUUGAGCAUCUUUGUACAUAACUUUAUACAUAACUUUAUACACUUUACAGUUUACACCUAGCUAUUCUUUAGAAUUUACAUUUUACAGUCAUGUUUAGUGUUUACAAAAGCACUAAUUCCUCAUAGGAUAAUCACGAUGCAACGUAUCGUAAACUGUCUCUAUGAGUUUUUGAGGAUUAAUACAGCUAUUUCUGUCAUCGUGUAAUAUAAUACUGUAAUACACGCAUGA